GAGCCGUUUGAAUUCUCUGCCUCUCUCCUCCCUUCCGUUCUCUCUCGCCGACACCGAAUGCUCUGAAGACUCCCAUGGAAACCCUAGCUGUUGCGCCUCCCCAGCUCCCUUCGCUUCCCAGGUUGCGACUCAAUGCGGCCUCCGUUGAUUUUGGCGGCGGAGUCUCCAGCUCUCUCGCUCUGUUCAGCUCGCGCUCGCGCUUCCCCAUUCUGAGAUGCUCGGCUCAGUCCUCUCCGUCAUUAGUCGACCUGUCGGCAAAGUUCCAAGAAGCUGCCAAGAAGGGCAAUUUGGUUCCACUAUACAGAUGUAUUUUCUCUGAUCAUCUCACUCCAGUGCUUGCUUACCGGUGUUUGGUGAAGGAGGAUGACAGAGAUGCUCCUAGUUUUUUGUUUGAGUCUGUUGAGCCGGGUUUGCAGGUUUCUAGCAUUGGGAGGUACAGUUUUGUUGGAGCUCAGCCAACAAUUGAGAUUGUGGCUAAAGAGAAUAUGGUAACAAUCAUGGACCACGAGGAGGGGUCCAGGACGGAGGAAAUCGUGGAGGAUCCAAUGGUUGUUCCUCGUAGAAUUAUGGAAGGAUGGAAACCCCAGAUGAUUGAUGAACUUCCAGAAGCAUUUUGCGGUGGAUGGGUUGGUUAUUUUUCAUAUGAUACGGUGCGCUAUAUGGAGAAGAGAAAACUACCAUUCUCUAGUGCCCCAUCAGAUGACAGAAACCUACCUGAUGUUCAUCUAGGCCUUUAUGAUGACGUUAUUGUAUUUGAUCACGUGGAGAAGAAAGCGUACGUUAUUCAUUGGGUUCGAUUAGAUCAAUAUCCUUCAGUUGAUGAGGCGUUCGAUGAUGGAAUGAAUCGAUUGGAGACUUUAGUAUCUAGAGUACAUGAUAUAGAUCCUCCAAGACUGCCAGCCGGUUCCAUAAAGCUAUUCACUCGCCUGUUUGGUCCAAAGUUGGAGAGAUCAAGUAUGACAAGUGAGGAGUACAAGAAGGCGGUACUGCAGGCAAAAGAACAUAUUCUGGCUGGUGAUAUCUUUCAGAUUGUGUUGAGCCAGCGCUUUGAACAAAGAACAUUUGCAGACCCUUUUGAAGUCUAUAGAGCAUUGAGGAUUGUUAAUCCAAGCCCAUACAUGGCUUAUUUACAAGCUAGGGGUUGUAUACUUGUUGCUUCAAGUCCAGAAAUUCUUACGCGGGUGAAGAAGGUAAACAAAAGGGUUACUAAUAGACCUCUUGCUGGGACUGUUAGAAGAGGGAAGACACCAAAGGAAGAUUUGAUGUUAGAAAAAGAGCUUUUGAAUGAUGAAAAGCAGUGUGCUGAGCACAUUAUGCUUGUGGACUUAGGUAGAAACGAUGUUGGAAAGGUAUCGACACCUGGUUCUGUCAAGGUUGAGAAGCUCAUGAAUAUCGAGCGCUAUUCUCAUGUGAUGCACAUAAGCUCUACGGUCACCGGGGAGUUGCUUGAGAAUCUAUCCAGCUGGGAUGCUUUGCGUGCAGCAUUGCCUGUUGGAACUGUUAGUGGUGCACCAAAGGUGAAAGCCAUGGAGUUGAUUGAUCAGUUGGAGGUCACCCGGCGUGGGCCUUAUAGUGGUGGAUUUGGAAGCAUUUCAUUUUCGGGUGAUAUGGACAUCGCGCUUGCUUUGAGAACCAUUGUGUUCCCUACGGGAAUCCGAUACGACAUGAUGUACUCGUACAAGGACAUGAACAAGCGUCGGGAAUGGGUUGCUCACCUUCAGGCUGGUGCAGGUGUUGUGGCUGACAGUGAUCCGGCUGAUGAGCAGAGAGAGUGCGAGAACAAGGCUGCUGCUCUUGCCCGUGCUAUUGAUCUUGCUGAGUCGUCUUUUGUCGAUAUCUGACUUUUAGAGUCCUACUGCUGUAAAGUAGUUGUUUUCUUUUGAAUCCACCCCGUUCUCAAGCAAAAUUUGAGGUUGGGCUUGUCGUAUGGACGAGAUUUUGGAAACGGUCUUAACUGACCUCAAGAUAGAUGUUCAUCUA